AUGGGUUUAAAAACAUUUGUUGAUGAUGAUAAUGAUAAAUAUUUAUUUCCAAUAAAUGGAAAAUUAGAAGUAUCAAAUGAAGAAAGAACUAUUUUACCAAAUCUAAUCGAUUAUCUUUUUCCAUCAAUUGACAAUUAUUCUAUUCAUACAUUAAAACGAAUGCUUUUACCAAAUGAUAAUCAUUAUAAUAAAGAAACUGAUUCAAAUGAUGAUAAACAAAAUGAGAAUUUGUCAACAAUCUCAAUUGAUUAUGAACAAGAUUUAUAA